GAAUUUCUGGGACGCUGCUGAAAGUCCAACUACAACUGUGAUUGGACAAACACUAAGACCAGACUUCCUUUGCUUUAUCAGUGGUUUCGUUUCAGGCGAAUAAGUGCAGUGUGCGACAGACUUUCAACACCACACAGGCUACUGACGCCGCUUUACAGCUGACAAUCCAGCGAAGUUUCUGUGUCAGGUGCAUCGAAAAACAGACGAAAAUGAAGCACGGAUUAUUAAUGAUCGCCAUUUGCAUUGCUGCAGCAGCUCUGACUUCAGGUCAGUACAGUUCAACAUUGCAAGGAGGUCCUACAAGCAAACCUGACCCAACCACAACCACAACCGCCCCUCCCCCGACUACAACCACAACCACCCAUGCCCCGAACACAACCACCCAUGCCCCGAACACAACCACCCAUGCCCCGAACACAACCACCCAUGCCCCGAACACAACCACCCAUGCCCCGAACACAACCACCCAUGCCCCGAACACAACCACUCCAAUCCCAGCUCCAACACCACCUGCCAACUUGACAGUGGGGAAAUAUAAUUCUAGUCAAGAUGGAAAAUUAUGUAUUCUGGCUGACUUUGCAAUUGGGAUCCGUGUGAACACCAGCGAGGUUAACGACACAUUCAUUGUACAGCCAAGCAAAACUACUUCCAGUGGAGGAUGUUCGGAAAAGACAGCUAAUAUCAAUCUUUUAUUCGGUGAAGGUUCAGUUAUCUUAAAAUUUGUAAAUGAUGAUACAGCACAAAAGAUCUAUGUGCAGCUUGUGGAAGUUGACUUGACCUAUGCUUUCAAUACUAAAGUUGGGUCAAAAAACUACUCUGGGAAGAAUGACUCUUUGCAGCUGUUUGCUUCUGUUCCUGGUCAUUAUUACUCCUGCAGCUCUCAGACGGUGUACAUGGGGAACGGUCUAAGUCUAGACUUGACCCACAACAAAAUUCAAGCCUUCAACUUCAAAAACAACGAAUUCGGGACACCUGAUGUGUGCAAGGCUGAUCAACCUGACUACCGCGUUCCCAUCGCCGUGGGCAUAAUCCUCAUCAUCCUCAUCGUCAUUGUAGUCAUCGCUUAUCUUAUCAGCAGGAAACGGCGGACUGAUGGCUACCAGUCACUAUAGAGGCCUAAAGUUUGUUGUUGUUGUUCAUGUAAAAACCAGCAAUUCCGGUUUACGGGAAUUUUAAUACUGUUAUGCAUGUCGUAAGUGAAUGUUACUUAUGUGUACGGAUGAACAUGGAUGGCCUUGGAUAUGUCCGAACAUUGUUUACUAUGCAGAGACUAUAUGGCACAUCCUAAUACAAGCUGAUGGGGCCACAUCACAGUUACCACUAAAAGAAUAUCGAUAAAACUAGAUAAAUGGCUCAGUAUAUGGCUUAUUUAGCAUAUCUUUAUAAAAUAAUCCCCCUUUUUCAAGAACCUAACCUUAUGCUGACAGAAGGAUGUGCAUAAUUUAUUGUGGCUCCAUCUUAAAUGUAAGUGCUCUCUAUCUAUAGGUACUCUUUUGUUCCUGACACAAAUCAAAUGCGUUUUAUUUGUGAUAACCAAUGUUAAUCUGAGCUUUCCAAAAGGGCUUUAAAACAUAAAAAGAUGCAUAAAGGGAAUUCAGCUUCUUGUAUUUGUUGAUGCUUACACAUCGUGUUUUGUAAUUAAUAAUAUAUCCGAUUUUUAAAAGCAGUUUCAUUCUGAUGUGAAUUAUUAUAUUUCUGCUUUCAAAGCGAGUGUCUUUACUAUACUGAAUUGUGAUCAGAAUCUGCAUUUAUGCACUGAAUAAAGGGAAUAAUGUUUGAUUUUUGGUUAUGAAUAAUAAAUAAUUUGUUGAGAGAA